CUGAUGCCUAUAAGAUAUUCUUAUUCUGAAAUAAAGAAAAUGACACAAAAUUUCAAGCAUAAAUUAGGUCAAGGAGGUUAUGGUUCUGUGUUUAAAGGAAAACUUCGAAGUGGUCAACUUGUUGCAAUACAAUUGUUAAGCAAAUCGAAAGCUGAUGGCCAAGAUUUCAUUAUUGAAGUUGCAACUAUUGGAAGGAUACAUCAUGUUAAUGUGGUGCAUCUUAUUGGAUUUUGCGUGGAGGGAUCAAAACAGGCACUUGUAUAUGAUUUCAUGAUAAAUGGAUCCUUAGAUAAAAUCAUAUUUUCAACGGACAAUAACACUUUGAAUUGGCAAAGAAUGUUUGAGAUUGCUUUGGGAGUGGCUCAAGAUAUUGAAUAUUUGCACAGAGGUUGUGAAAUGCAAAUUCUACAUUUCGAUAUCAAGCCACAUAACAUUCUUCUGGAUGAGAACUUUACUCCAAAAGUUUCAGAUUUUGGCCUCGCAAAAUUGUAUUCAGUGGAUGAUAGCAUCAUCUCUCUCACAGCAGCACGAGGUACACUAGGAUACAUUGCUGCCGAGUUGUUUUACAAAAACCUUGGAGGCAUUUCAUAUAAAGCAGAUGUUUAUAGUUUUGGAAUGAUGUUAAUUGAAAUGGUUGGAAGGAGGAAGAACUUGGAUCCAUUUGCAGAACAUUCCAGUCAAAUUUAUCUUCCAUCAUGGAUUUAUGAUCAACUUGAUCAAGGAGAUGUCAUGGAGCUUGAAGAUGUGACAGAAAGUGAAAACAAAAUUCUGAGAAAAAUGUUGAUAGUUGCCUUUUGGUGCACACAGAUGAAGCCCACAAAUCCUCCUUCAAUAAGCAAAGUGUUGGAGAUGCUAGAAAGUGAAGCUGAACUGCUUGAAAUGCCUCCAAAGCCUUUUCUACUUUCUCUCGAUAAAGCAACUAAAGAUGGUGAGAAUUCUGGGGACAACCACAUCACUUAAUGUUAGAAAAAUAAUGUAAUACAAAGCUAUAAGAUACAGCUUGUUAAUACUUGAUUGUCUUAUGAAUUUGUAAACUUCUUGUAGCCCUAUUGUUGAAUAAUUGGAGUUUAGCAAUUAUGGACCUACAAAAAAAAAUGAAAUGAC